UUUCUUGAGUCAGGAUGACCUCUAUUGACGACCGGUUUGUGAUUAUCAAAAUUAAUAAUGCGUGGUUUCAUUAAUCAAAUCUUAUUAUAGAUGUCAUUGGGUUUUUUUCGGGUUUCAUUUAAUUGGUGAGAUGUCUUUAUAAGCCCAUUUUAUUUAAUUUUUAUUUUCUUUAUGUCACCAGCACAAUCCUUUUAAAGAAUUGUACUAUUUUUUGUGUGACAAAACUAUCUAUACUAUGUCUUCAUUUUUAAAAUGUAUUAAAUCUAAUUGAAGUAUUUUAUUGUGAAAAUCCAUACCGGAACUAAAGCUUUAAAUGCGUCAGUCUUGACGUUGGUCACUUGUUGAGCGGAGCGCACAGACAGGAAACCACGCAGCAAUAAUCUCAUUUUACAAAGGAUACGGCUGUCUUCAGUGAGGGACAUCUCUUGUAUGACCAGAAAUAUUUGUUUAUGUUUUUUUAAAGAGACGCCCAAACAGGCUGAAGUACUAAUUUGGCUGAAAACCUAGACAGGCGCACAUCACAAGUGGUUAUCAUGUCUGGCGAAGAGGCUGCAACUCAGCAACAACAACCUGAGCAGGAGAAGAAGCCCGACGACCCUCCGCCGGCUGCCUCAGAUGCACCGCAGGAGUCCGGGAGCAGCCCUGCAGCAGCCGGGGAGAAGCCUCUCUCCUUCCGCGCUCUGGUCCUGACGGGCCACGGGGGCUACGACAAAGUCAAGCUGCAGGUGAAGACGCAGAGCGAGCCGCGGCUGAAGGCGGGAGAGGUCCAGGUGCGCGUCAAGGCGUGCGGGCUGAACUUCGCCGAGCUGCUGGGCAGACAGGGGCUGUACGAGCUGCUGCCCGCCCCGCCUGUCACGAUGGGAAUGGAGGGCUCCGGGAUCAUUGAAGCAGUCGGGGAGGAUGUGAAGGACAGGAAAGUGGGGGAUCGUGUCAUUGUGAUGAGCCGCAAUGGCAUGUGGCAGGAAGUGGUUGUUGUGUCUGCUAACCACACCUUCCCCAUGCCCGAGCAGAUGAGCUUUGAAGAAGGUGCUGCUCUUCCCGUUAACUAUCUGACCGCUUACAUGAUGCUGUUUGAGAUGGCCAAUGUGAGGCCGGGCAAGAGUGUUCUUAUCCACAUGGCAGCAGGUGGUGUUGGUGUCGCUGCUACCCAGCUGUGUCAGACUGUGCAGGAUGUGACUGUUUUUGGCACGGCAUCAGCCUCCAAACACGAGACCAUUGCCCAAGGCGGGGUAACUCACCCCAUCGACUACCGCACCAAAGACUACGUGGAAGAAAUUCGCAAAAUCAGCCCAACGGGAGUGGACAUCGUCCUCGACCCACUUGGGGGUUCAGACACCCAAAAAGGCUUUAGUUUGUUGAAACCUUUGGGCACGCUUAUAGUCUUUGGUGCAGCCAAUUGUGUGACAGGCCAGAAGAAGAACCUGUUGGCCAUGGCAAAGACCUGGUACAACCAGCUCUCCCUCACCACGCUGAAACUGAUGCAGGCCAACAAGGCCAUCUGCGGCUUCCACCUGGGCUACAUCACUGAUGAGCAGCUCCUGAGCAGGACUAUGUUCAAGCUGCUGGAGCUCUAUACGCAGGGAAAGAUCAAGCCCCGCAUUGACUCAUGCCAUCACUUUGAGGAGGUGGCGGAUGCCAUGAAGCGCAUGCACGAACGCCAAAACAUCGGGAAAGUCAUCCUUCUUCCUGAAACUAAGAAGGAGGAAGAGAAGCCAAAAUCCGACCCUGAGCCGGUAGAAAAUGUGGAAAAAACUGAAGCAGCCAUCAACGAGGAGAAAGAAGAAGCCACAGAGAAUGUUAAAGCAGAGAAAGAUUGAGUAAGAGUGUUUAUUUGAAUGAUAUUUUCAAGCACUUCCUCAAAGAGUUCCCUAAUGUUAAAUUGUCAAAAAAAGGAAAGAAAAGAGAAGAAAAGCAGGAUGCCAUGAAUUCUUUGACUUUGCCACUAUUUUCAAAUGUUUAUGAAGAUUGUGUUGUGCAAUAUGUCUAUAGUGUAGUGUCUAUGUUGGGGUUGUGUUUCAAAUAAAAAUUAACUGUAUUCUGUCACAUGACAUGAGAAAUAAUGUAUUCUGAUUACAGAUGGUUGUUAAAAAUGACAACAGGAAGGGGUGUUUUAUGGUCCCCAUGACAACAGCUCAACAGCAGCUCUAACAUAAUAUUUGUAAUAACAACAAACCAGAGCCGCUAUGUAUGAAACGAGGAAAUGGUCCUAUACUUUGACUGAGGACUGAGAAGCUUUGUAUAAAAAAGCUAAAAGUUAUGCAUCACAUCGGUCGUCACACCUUGUCAUGAUUAAGAUUACCCAUCAUGCAUUGUAGCCAACAUUAUACUGUAUAUACUUCAUUAUAUUGCAGCAUGCAAACGGGAAAGGUGAUAUAAGAAAUUUCCCCUACAGAUAUUUGGGAUAUUAUUCAUAAAAAUCUUAAAUAGUUAAAAAAGGAUAUAAUAACCAUUUUAAGUGAGAACCAUCUGUGGAGGUGCUAUAAAACGUUUGUAUUUAAUUCAGUGAUAAACUGUUUUUCCAAAACAAAGAAGGCAAAGGUCGACCUAAAAAUUAAGGAAUUCCAUAAGAAGAUUACUGGCAAGUUUGCAUAUUAAGAAUCAUUUUGAUUUGUACUUUCUUUGUUUUGUUAUUCAAAAUUCUUAUAUUUCAUAGCUCUCCUACUUAAUUUGCUGAUGCAAGGCAAUUAAGAAUAAUAAUUGUAAGAAUAAGAUCAUAAUAAUUUGUAUAAUUUGAAUGCAUUUAAGAUAAAAAAAAUUACUCUGAGCUGCUCCAUAUACCCCAGUUUUGUCUUCAUAAAAUGCAUCAGAAAAAGAUUUGUCUGCAUACUAACCUGAAAUACAUUUCCCAGAACUUUGUGCUUUUUCAGAUCAGGCAUCAUACCUCAAAUCUGGCAAAGUAAUUUGAAUGUAAUCAGAAUACAUUACUGAACUUUGGUGAUUCCAUAAAUCCCGUUACAGAUUAUUAAUCGACCUACCCAAACCUGUUUUACCAGUAAAUAUUAGUGUAACACUUGUUAGGAAUUACUGAUCAUUUGUCUACUUUCAUGCAUUAUGAUGCACUACUUAAGUGUAAUGAUGAGACAAAUGUGUGUUUCCACAUCCUCUCCUCUUUGAUGAAUGUUGUUAGACAGUUAUCGCUCUUUGGAAAGCCCAGGUCAGUAUUGUAUUCUAGUUUUAAAUUGUUGUAUUUUUCUUGCAUAUUUGUGCCAAAUUUAAAGCCAACUUUCACCACUGCUGUCAAGCCAACUGUGAAUAACAAUUAGCGGGACUUCCCUGCCUUGGCAGUCACUCGUGGGUUUUCUUCCAAACAAUGUCAUGCUGAACUUGUUUGGCAAGCCAUGUGAAGGAAGGUUUUCCACCUCAAUUUCUGUCCUGUGAUUUAGCUGCUUUCUUAAUUCCCACAUUGCCUCUUCAAAAUCAAAGUGAUUAGUGCCAAGUUUACAGAGCAACAGUACAGCAUGUGUUACUUCGUGAUUCCUUUUAUAUAUACAAGGAGCAGCUUAAAAUGUUAUGAAGAAAAACUGGGAUGAUGCUUCGCUUUUAUGCACUUUGUACUCCUGUGAGGUAUAGUGAUGGAUUAUGAAGCUUCCAUUUUCUUCACAGUAAUCAUGUUUAUGUUUUGUUUUAUUGCUUGCAUAUCUGUUUCUUUGACUAGAUGACCUUAAAUAGUGGAGUGUGGGCUCAGUAAUUCAGAUGUUUUGUCCAGCUGUGGGUGUAAUACAAUGCUGCGACAGGGGAAAGUUUUCCCUCCACCAGACCACAUUCCUCUCCCCACCACGUCAGUCCUGCUUUCUGUCUCUCUGGAGCUGAACUCUCUCAAACUCUCGCCCUCUCCAGCAUACAUUGAAAAGCACUUGUAACAAAGUUUCACAGAUAAUGCUUAGAUUAGUGACUUUUUUUUUUCCUUUUGGCCCCUUGGACAACUAUUGUUAAAUUUGGCCAGGUUUCCAUCUCCUAGUAUGAAGUAAGAUCUGAUGUGGAUUUAGAGGAGGAACUGGAGUCGUCUUAUUUUGAUUAUAUGAAGUUCAUCUUGUUACAAAACUCCCAGUGUGAGAGUUUUUAUUCUUUUGGUGUGUUGCUCUACUUAUUCAUGGACCCACAAUCCCGAUGUUUGCCUGCAUGGUAGAUGGAAAUGUUACCAACCUAGAGUUACAAUUUAACUAUACUGAGCCAAAUGAUAGAGGGGUUUAACUAAUCAGCAUGUUGACAAGUGAGCAGUUUGUUCUCCAGAUUUUAGAGAGCAAUUGGUGAAGAUAAAACAUAUAAAAACACAAUGGAGCCUGCUAAUUCCUCUUUGCAAAUGUUUCUGUAAUGCAAAACGAUUUGGCAUAUUAACAUGUCUUAUUGCCAGGGAAUAAAGUAAAACUACGUUGUGCUUAACCUUAAAAAAUUGAGAAAAGUGUCAAGUUUCCCAUAAUGAUAUGACAACAAUAUACAUAAACUGAUACAGUAUUCGUGCAGCGAGGGACAUCUAGUGGUCAGUGAAAAUUUUCAAUCCAUGGAGUAAAAAGAAAAUAUUAUGCCAUGGUAACGCCAUUCAAAACAAUCACAACCUACAUAUUCUGCUUAGUUGUAAAAUUCUAAAACAUUAUUAUAGCUGUUAAAAUACAUUUAUAGUAACCAAUUGUUAUAAUGACCUGAGCUGAUUCAAGCACACUCUAUUGCUCAUUCAUGCUAAACAUAUAUACAUUAAGCAUUGCAUUUAAUUUGCAACAUGAUACAUACGAUUAUGACCAUUCAAUGUGAUGUUGCUCAAAGAUUUGAUGUGUUAUUGCGUUCUUGAUUUUGAUGGAACGACGCUGCCUUAUUCUUUUUCAUUUUUAGACACACUUUAUGCACUCUUCUGUGUUCAUAUGGCACUAACCUGUCUGUAUUAUUAAAGUAUUAUCACAUA